CAGUGAAUUUUUAUCCGCAUCGUUCUGUAGCAUCCGAGGUUCGAAAGUGAAGGUUAUUUUUUGUCUAUUUCCAUUUCAACAUAGGUUUAUCCAGUGUUUGUUGUAUUAAACGAGUUGCCCAAAAAUACAGUGGAAAACUUCUUGUGCUAAUGCACUGAUCUUUUAUUCAAGAUUUGAGAUAAAAAUCUGAAAAAUGGCACAGCGGUUUCCUGUGCCAAAUGCAGGAAAUAAUGGCCCGCCACCACAACGAUACCCUCCUCCUUCGGUACCUCCGAAUCUGAGACAAUAUUCUGGCCCCAACUUCCCGGUAGGCAAGAUGCAGCAGCGGUCAAGCUUUACGCCACCACCUCAAAUGGGUAGUGGUGGCCCAGGGCCUGGUGGAAUGAUGAGACCAAAUCAACCAUACAAUAAUAUGCGCCAAGGACCAAUGCCAACACCUCCAGGAGGCAAGAGGUCUGCUGAUCAACGUAUACCAAUGUCCCAACAAAAACCGUAUUUUUGGAACAGUGAUUUCUCACAUUCCACGUCCAAGAAGAAGAAGAAGCUUGCCGACAAAAUUCUACCACAAAAAGUACGUGAUCUAGUACCAGAGUCGCAGGCAUAUAUGGACUUGCUUGCUUUUGAGCGUAAACUUGAUGCGACUAUUAUGCGAAAACGUUUGGACAUCCAAGAAGCUCUCAAGCGACCCAUGAAGCAGAAACGAAAGUUAAGGAUCUUCAUCUCUAAUACUUUCUACCCAGCAAAAGAGGCAGGUGAAGGCGAAGAAGGAUCCGUUGCAUCUUGGGAACUUCGAGUAGAAGGAAGACUGCUUGAUGAUACAAAGAAUGACCCCAACAAGGUGAAGAGGAAGUUUUCAUCCUUCUUUAAAAGUUUGGUUAUUGAACUAGAUAAAGAUUUGUACGGGCCAGAUAAUCAUCUGGUCGAAUGGCAUCGUACGCUAACCACUCAAGAGACUGAUGGCUUCCAAGUUAAAAGACCAGGCGACAAGAAUGUUCGAUGUACAAUCUUAUUACUUCUUGAUUAUCAGCCACUACAAUUUAAGCUGGAUCCGCGUCUAGCGCGUCUACUCGGUGUUCAUACGCAGACUCGACCAGUUAUAAUCUCAGCUUUGUGGCAGUACAUAAAAACGCAUAAGCUCCAAGACGGACAUGAACGCGAGUACAUAAACUGCGACAAAUAUUUGGAGCAAAUAUUUGGUUGCCCUAGGAUGAAGUUUGCCGAGAUACCUCAACGUUUGAACCCCCUGCUUCAUCCCCCAGAUCCCAUAGUCAUCAAUCACGUCAUUAGCGUAGAAGGUACAGAAACGAAGCAAACGGCGUGUUAUGAUAUAGAUGUUGAGGUUGACGAUACUCUCAAAACUCAGAUGAAUAAUUUUUUGCUGUCUACCGCAAGUCAGCAAGAGAUUCAAAGCUUGGACAACAAGAUUCACGAAACGGUGGAAACGAUUAAUCAACUAAAAACCAACCGGGAAUUCUUUUUAAGCUUUGCAAAGGAUCCCCAACAAUUUAUCAACAAAUGGAUCAUUUCACAGACUAGAGAUUUAAAGACAAUGACAGAUGUUGUCGGUAACCCUGAAGAAGAGCGCAGAGCUGAUUUCUAUUAUCAACCUUGGGCACAAGAAGCAGUCUGUCGAUACUUCUACACUAAGGUUCAGCAAAAACGUGCAGAGUUAGAACAAGCUCUCGGGAUAAGAAACUCGUAAACUUUUGAUCAUUCUGUUGUUGUUUGCCAGACAACUAAGAAGUGCUAUCUGAACGAACUUUACUGAAAUAGCCUGAGAUUAUCAGAGCUAUGCAAGCCGUCUUUUGAUUACAUCUGGUGAUUAAAGAUCGCAAGUCCACGUUUUCAUAUAAACAUACGCCAAUAUCAGAUGGAUAAAUAUAAGGCAGUAUUUAUAAUAGGCAAUAUUCUUACCGAUUUUUUUCAAACACACGGCCAAUGUCAUUAGAUUCAUCCUCAAUGCGAUCAGAUUAUUAAAUACCUUUGUGGUAGAUGCGUAAUUAUAAGUAAUGUAUGAAUCUUGUAUUAUUGGAAAAAAAAACUAAAAAAAAUGUGAACAAUGACUUUUGUUUAUAUUACGAGAAAUAAAUCAUCUUGAAAUAUA